AUGGAGUGCAAGACGCAGAGGGAGACAGACGAGACUCUGCUUCUUCCCGGAGGAAGAGGUCUUGCCUCUCUUGGAGCGCAAACGUUCUCUGAGCACUCCUCGGAUCGAGACGCCAGUUGCCACCGCCCGAACCUGUCUGUCUCACCUCUUUUCAGAGAACAUGCGUCUGCAGAUCGGCGUUCGUUCCCCUCGACAGGUCGGUAUUUGUCGGGAAGAUGGGGAGCCUCCUGUCUCGUUCUGUGUCUUUUCUUGCCGGCGUUUCUUCGACAUGGCGACAGCAACGCUCUGUCGAGCCCCCUCGCUGUCGCCUGCGCCCACACACUGCCAACGGAGGGACGUGGAACAGUUUCAGAAGGAAACCAUAAACAUGUCAGGCCUGUAGACGAAGCAGUUGAAAGACAUCCUCGACAAACGAAGAGAAAGGCUUCUCUGGGAGAUGAGGAUCCUUCAAAAACCGGGAUAUUCUCCCCCACAGACUGGCUACCCCACAUAACCUUUCCGGCCUCUUCCUCUCCUUCCCCUCCUUCUUCCUCUCAUUUUUCCUCUCAUUUUUCCUCUCCUUCUCCUUCUUCUCCUUCUCAUUCUUCUCCUUCUUCCUCUCCCUCUUCUUCUUUGGAGCAUGAUUUGAUCCACUCUUCACCUGUCUUGUUCCGCGAAGGAGAUGAAGGUGCACAAACGCGACUUCCCGCUGGAGAUGGAGAGAGGAAAGAACUGCUGAGAGCGUUUCUCGCUGCGCCUUCGCUUGCCCCAGAUCCCGAGACAUCCGCGCAGAACCUGCACCCGCAAAACAGGGUGCACAGCAGAGAAGCGCGAGGAAGGGAAGAAGAGAGAGGAGAUGGUGAUGUGUGGAUGAGAGGUUUUUCUCCUGUGUUGGGUCGAGGUCCUUCCCCGCAAGAUGGAAACCGAAUUCUCGGUAGAGACUCCUCGUCUUUCCGCGUUCCGUCAGGGGAGACGCUUGACGCUGGAGAUCCGCGCUUUGCUUUCGAGGCCCACAAAGACACAAAAGAUCCUCCUGACGCGUCCUUCUCUGCGUCUCCUUCCCUCUUCCUCUCGUCACUGUCGGAUUCCUCAGAGGCGAGAAGUCGCCUCCCCUGGCGAGUUUUCAUCGGAAACAAAAAUACGCCUUUACGCAUUCAAGUCGUGUCUGGGAAGAAGUCCUUCUCUCGACGCCUAGAGCCUGCGUCUUCCCCGUCUUCUCUUUCGCGUCUCUCCCUUUCUUCUUCUCGUUCCUCUUCUUCGUUGUCUCCGUCGUCUUCUUCGGACGCGAGCCUUCCUGCGGUCCCUCGGGAGGAUCUCCUGGAGGUGCAUGCAGCGCAGGCGUUCUCCGGCUCCCCAGAAGAGAGCAAGUUUGUGGUGCUGGACACCGAGCUUCGCGGACUUCUUCUCACAGCCCUGUACGACAUUCUCCUGUUUCUCUUGGCCCUCCUGUGCUGGCUGCGGCUUCGGAGAUUUCGUGGAGACCAUCUCUGUCUCCCUCCAGAUGUCUGGCGAGCGUCGCUGUCCCUCAGGGAGCCCCCCGUGCUCACCAGAGAUCUCUGCGCUGGCUCCAUUCCGGUACCUGCUGCUUCACAUCCUGUCUCUGAAGCUGUCCGUCCCCCCUCUUCGUUUUCUCAUUUGUCUUCUUAUGUGUCUCCUCAAACGUCUGCUCCUCCUCAAACGUCUGCUCCUCCUCAACCGUCUUCUUUUCCGCAUGCGUCUGCGUGUCUUCCUCACGCGUCUCCGGACGCCUGUCCGCUGUCUCCUUCCUCUGCGGUGUCGUUCGUCUCUCCUCCUUCGGAUUUGGAGGCGGGAGGCGUGGAGGGCGCGUUGGCGCUGGAGGAUUUCGCUGGGCCGGCGGCGAGGGGAUCUGGGCGAGAGGGUGAGGGAAGGGAAGCCGACUGGCGCGGCGGUCCGAAGGGAGCUUUUUCGACGCCGCUGCAUGCGCUGAGUCUGAAUCCGCCGCUGGUCGUGCCGCUCCUGUCUCCGCUCGAACAGAGACAGGCGAAGGACGGAGACAGGGCCGCGCGGACCGCGGCAGUCGUCGAGAGAGUCGAGCCGAGCUUCCAGGUGUCUCCGUCGCUCGCCGCGCGGCCGCCGGAGGCGGGAGUCCACGGAACGCAGGUCGACACUCCCGCUGUACAGUCACCGGAGGUGAGAGGCGAGGACAGCGAGUCUCGCCAGUCCUUCAGAAGCGCGCGUCGAUGGCGGCCGUAUCAUAGCUUCAAGGUGUGUUGUCGCUCGGCCUUGAAAAUGUGGAGAACGUUAAGAGACAUAUACCUCGCGAUGGAGAGUCCAGUGGCUCUGCUGCACCGGAGGUCAUGCUCGGAGAAGAAGAGAAGAAGAGACCCUCGCGCAGAACAAGCCGAAGCGCGCCACAGACACCUGACCGACCCCACGCACCUGACCUCAGAAAAGAGCAACGAAGAAGAAGGCGGAAGAAGGGAGAGCAGAGAAAACAAGCGAGAACAAAAGGAAGAACAACAGAGAGAACAAGAGGGAAAACAAGAGAGAGAACAAGAAAGAGGACGAACUGGAUGGAGGGGGAUGCCUCCUUCAGUGUCGUGCGUGGAAGACUCGAGAGAGGGCGAGGGACGAGCAGAGACACAAAGACCGCGCUCUGGGUCUUGGGAAGGCAAACGAUGGCUUUUCCGCGAGCUCUGGCGCACCGCGUCCGAGGGAGACGAACUCGAUUUCAAUUGUCUCAAAGGAGACAUGGCUGUCUAUCUCCACUUCCUCAGGACGGCCCGGGCAUGUUGUCAGGCCCUCUGCAUUGCAGGUUUCUUGGUUCUGAUUCCGCUGUACGUGGUGGGCGAGAAGCCACACAGAGAGUUUUACACUUUCCUCGACAUGUGCACCGCGGUCGACAAAUCGUCCAAAAGCGUUCUCUGGAGCAUGUACGGAGUGUCUUGGAUCUUCUCCGUGAUGGUCUACUACGCGAUCUACCAAUUCUGGCUGUUCUUGAAGGCGAUUCGCAGCCAGCUGAUCCCGGCGCGUCCGUCGGUCGGAGCUCAAGUGUCUCCUUUCCGCUUUCCCCGCUCGACAGGGCACGGCUGGUGUGCGCCGCAGGUCAUCGGCAGGCGAUCGCCGCUGAGUGGGCCUUUGCCCGCGUCUUUCGCUCCCGCGUCCACGACAUCGACAGAAGAGGGUACGGCGCUACCUCCCGCAGCAAAGGACGCUUGUCAGGAAAUGCCGACGCUUGCGCCGCUCCGUGAUCCUUCACAGCAUUCUACGAAUACUCCACAUCCUCACCCUCUGCCCCCCACCCCCCUGUCUUCUUCCUCGUCCUCCUCGUCUUCCUCUGCUCGCGGGAUUUCCUCUUCUUUUGCUUCUUCGUUUUCUUCUUUUCCGCCUCGAGGCGACGGUGCGUGGCUGGCGCCGCCACAAGCCUUCGCGGUGAUGCUGACGAACGUCGAUCGACGCGUAGUGGAUGCGCAUGCGUUCGCCGCGGCCUUUGUGGACCUCCACCAACUGUACUGCAGUGUGUGUACACCCGGGCGCAUGCGGCAGGUGCGCCUGCUGCAGGCGGAACAGGCGAAGAACGCGCGAGAAGGGAGACGCCGAGGCCGGACUCAGGCUCUGGGGACCGACGACUCUGCUCUGCUGCUGCAGGCGGAAGAGCGACGCACAGACAAAGGCCUCGAGAGCACUUUGUCUUGCUCCGUUUCCGACAAGCAAAGAAGCCAGCGACGAAGAGAGGAAAGCGCCAGAAGUCGUGACUCAGACACCCAUCUUACAAGCAAAGCGAGAAGCAGACAGAAAGGCAGAGAGAGAAGCGGAGAAGGCAGUGGAGAGAGAAGUGGAGGGAGAAGAGAAGAGCGAAGCAGAGAGGAGGCUGAGAGCAGCGGAAAGGGGGGACAAUGGAGAGAGGUGGUUGGCGCGAAGGCCGUGAGAAGCGCGUCGCCUUCGAGAGCGACGGGGGCGGGAGAACUGGAGAGCGACAGAACGAGGCCAGAAGAAGAAAAGCAAAAACUGGAAGGCAGAGAGAAAAACAAAUGCUUGCACAAGUCGCCGAGCAAUCCUGAAGAACUUACGCGGCUGGGGCAGACACAUGCAGACCAAAGAAACUUUGACAAGGGGGAUAGCGACUCAGAAGAACUCUGCUCCUGCUUUGUCCCCGGCUCCAUCUCCUGCAAGUGCUCGUGCGUCCUCAAAGUCAGACUCGUCAUGCAGUGCGGGAAGCGAACAUGCGUCGAUGACACCCUGCCGCCCCGAACAUAUCUUCGCCUCCAUCCGCCGGCGGACGGGGGCGGACUGGUGUCUCCGAGCGCCCUCCGACUGUCUCCAGGGACGCCUCUGGCUUCUGUCUCAGGAUUCGACGGAUCUCAUUUCCACGGCAAUUCGCUCGGUGCCUUGGCGCUUCCUUCGUCGCAGGAGAUCCGCCGGGCCGCGCCGCUCGCAGCGUCUCCGUCGCCGUUCGCGCGAGACGGCCGCUUGCCGCCGCUUCUCUCGCCGGCCUCGCUCUUUCUCCACGACCGCUCAGCUGUAUGGACACCCGAGGAAGAUCGAUUCUUUGCAGGCGAAGAGGCGCAGGAUACACCAGUGAUUUUUACCCCCGCCGCGCACCAGCAGUCCAGGAAAAGGGGAUCGACGCACGAGCCGGGAGAACGAGACAGCGAAGGAAGAGGACAAGCGAGAGAACAAGGAAGAGAACAAGGAAGAGAAGGAGGAGAACAAGGCAGAGAAAGAAGGAGUGAAAGAGAGGGAAGGGAAGGCGAGGAAAAAGCGGGAGGUCGCGGAUCGACACGAUGCUGCGGGUGUCGAGGGAGAAGCGCCAGAUGUGACCGAGACGAUGAGGAGAGAGACGAAGCUCCAGUCUCGAGGCGACCCCCAUGUCGUCCUCUCGCGCCCUACCGAAACGCUGGAAUCGCCUUCGUCGUCUUCGACAACCAAGUUUGCGCCAAGGAAGCACUCCACAACUCUUAUCGGUACCGCGCCGCGAGUCGCGCUCAAGGCCGAGACGCCGCUGUCUCUUUCUCCAAAGUUCGCUUCUCGCCGGCUCCCGCCCCGUCCGACGUCAACUGGGAGCAUCUGCAUGUGUCUCGCCUCAGUCAGGUGAGCCGCGUAGUGGGGUUGAACGCUCUCCUCGUCGUGCUCUGCGUGACAAUCAUUUCACCAGUGGCGGUGUUGAAUGAGUUAACACCCAUUGUCGAGUCCAUCGACGAACAACUCAUCGAACACCGCCUGACGCGUCUGACCAUCACCGCCUGGCUGCCGCCUUUGAUUCUGCUCUGCAUUAACAGUUUCGUCCAGCCGCUCUUGGUGUCCUACGUUGCUGCCGGAUCCGGGUACUGGCUCAAGUCGGUGGAGACGGCGUACACUGUGCACGGCAACAUCGUUUUCCAGAUUUUGAACACUUUGGUUAUUCCUCUUCUCUCGCUUUCGUCCAUCGACUCGGUCAUGCGGAUCAUGUACACAAACGAAAUACGCGACUGGUCGUUGAUUCUCGGCUUCACCCUCAUGCACUCCAGUGGGAGUUUCGCUCUCCGUUACCUCCUCAAUCUUACCUUCCUCGGAACCGCCAACGAAAUGCUACAAAUCUUCCCUCUCAUCAUGUCUCGCAUCGAUACGUACUUUUACGGUUCGGCGGAAAGACGAAAGUACCCUUUUGAUAUCGGCUACGCUUACGCACAAGCGCUCUCGGCUUUCACUCUCGUCCUCAUGUUCAGCGUGGUCGUCCCUUUGAUCCUCCCCCUGGGCAUUCUUUACUUUUGUUUUCGGUACCAAGUUGACAAGUACAACUACAUGUUUCACGUCUACGCCGACCUCGACUUCAACUCGAACGGCACACUCGCUGUGACAGCUAUAAAGUACAUGCUCUUCGCGGUCUCGUUCAUGCAAUUCGCCAUGGCUGGAUUUUUCCUCUCCCAGGACGACACCUGGAUGCCUGUCGCCGGCGGGUUCAUGUUGUUUUUCUCUCUCAUGUCCUGGGUGACCCUUUUGUGCUACUCCGUCGUUCCACCAGAGUCCAUCAGUGCCAGAGAAGCCUCGCGCCUAAAAAACAGCGAAGGCGUCCAAGUGCUUCUCCCGCGGCAACGGCAAGAACUUCGAGAGGCUUAUCGGCAACCGUGUGGCAUUGCUUCUGUCUGUGAUUGUGCCGUUUGA